AUGUUGUCUCCAGCCACUGCGAAGUCAUAUGAGGAGAGACGUGCAGAAGUCAUUGCAGCUACUGCCCACACCAUUGAGCUCGCUCAGAAUGCGGACCGACAGGCUAUGAGCCGUGCACGCCGUACCCGCCAGGGUAAAGGUGACUGGGAGGGCCUUACGGCCAAUAAACAAGCUGCCGUGUUAGCUACAAUGCAGCAGGAUAUCAUGGACAGGCGCACCGCUCGUGGUAUUGACGCCAAUUCCCGCCUCACAGCUGCUAUUAAUGAUGAGAGUGCGGCUAUUGCGGCCAUUAAUGCAGAGGAGCUGGAGGAGAAGUUGAAGGCCCUACCAAAGGGCGAAGGCAAAGCUACUGGCAAGACAUCGACUAGCGACAGCGGUGAAGAAAAUACCUUAAAGGAUAUCUGGGCCAGCAACAUGGUCCCAGUCAUUGAGCGCUGGGAGCGCAAUAUUGCCCUUGCUGGCAACAUCCUUAUGCCCGAACUCUCAAGGAAGGAGAUCGAAGAGUUUGCUGGGGGGGUUAGCAACCCUGAUAAUAUCAAAGAGUUCGUGGAGCAGUGGGAGAAUAACAGCAAUGCUGAUGUUGAAGAUGGGCUGGUAGAUUUUGAUGAUGAUGGUGAAGAAGUGGAGGUGGUUAUAUCAGAGGAUGAGGAGGACGAUGAUGAGGACGAGGAUAGCCUCAACGGCUUCAUAGUCGGGGUUCGUGUAGAGGAGGAGGAGGAGGUGGAGGAGGAGGAGGAGGUGGAGGAGGAGGAGGAGGAGGAAAAAGAGGAGGAGGAGGAGAAGGAGGAGGAGGAGAAGGAGGAGGAGGAGUAA